GAAAAAUCAUUUCAUUGGCAAAUUACUUGCAGGGAUACAUCUUGGUUGGGCUGCCUGGGCGGUUCGUGGAAUAUGGAACCAAAACAAAACAAGAAGGAAGCAGAGAUUCCUGUGGAGACAUCGACUGGACCAGAAUCUAACAUGAAGGAACAACAAGAUAACAAAAACAAAUCUGAGACUCCUGCAGAGGCAUCUACUAAACCAGAUUCUAACAAGAAGGGAGCAGAGACUCCUACAGAGGCAUCUACUAGAUCAGAGUCAUCAAGAAAGAACACCCCCCAAUCAUUAAAGUCCAAAACUAGAAUUGCAAAGUGGAAACAAGGAAAGAAGAAUAAGCAUGUAUUUAAGGGCAACAAAGAAAGUACCAAUAAUGAAGGAGAUGUGAAGAAGCUAAAAUCUAGAGAAGAGACAGAGAAGAAUAUUAUUAAUGAAGAGUGUAGGGAUGAGAGCAGUCAGCCUCAAAAGGACCAAGAGAAGAUCACCCAGUUGGAAAAGCACAAACAAAAUCAGAGAAACAAAAGAAGGCGUGGUGGGUCAGACAGUAGCUUAAAGAAUCAAAACAACAAAGAAAAGCAUGAUGGCAUGGAAAAGAGCCACCAUGAUGAGAAAAACAAAGAAAAACUUGGUGGUUUGAUCGUUAUGUGCAAUGCAAAGACGAAACCUGAUUGUUUCCGCUAUCGUGUAAUGGGAGUUCCACCAAGUAAAAAAGAUGUUGUGAUGGAUGUCAAACCUGGGCUUGCACUUUUUCUCUAUGAAUUUGAUCUGAAGCUUCUGUACGGGAUAUAUAAGGCAUCCUCUAAUGGUGGCAUGAAACUUGAGCCAAGAGUUUUCGGUGGGGCAUUCCCUGUUCAGGUGCGGUUCGGUAUUAAGAAGGAUUGUCUUCCACUACCUGAGACUAUUUUUAAGAAGCUAGGCAAUCAAGGAAAAUUAUAAUGAAAAGAACAAAUUCAGAACAGAACUUACUGUCAAACAAGUUAGGAAGCUCGCAGAACUUUUUCGACCAGCUGAAGUCCAUUCGAACAUGCUGCCUAUCCACCCUCCACAAGUUUCUAGAGUUCGGGAUAGGGAAGUUCAUGAAAGAGUAAGAGAAACAUGGCCCCAUUCUCAUAUGGAA